AUGACCAGGCUAACCUUCCUGACCGUUCUCAUCUGUUCUUCUCUUUCCUUGGCCUUAUCUCAAGCUGUCGCUGUGAGAUCUGUUAAGGUCAAGGGAACUCUCAAAUGUGGAAAUGAAGUUGCAAAGCAGGCCAAGGUUGUUUUGUAUAGAGUACCUGCCGAAGUAAACAGUAAGCCCGUUAAACAGAGCUCAAUUUUUUCCAUAGAGGUGAAUCCAAUCGAAGAAUUGGACAAUCGGGAUAUCAGUCCGGCUGGGUUGUUCGAAGUAGGCGCAAACACCAAUGGGAGACCAAUUAAUGAAACCGAGCUGAAACCUGCCAUUAGAGUAUUCCACAGAUGUGAUGUCAAGGAAAAGGCGGUAGGGCUUACCUACAUAUAUACUAUUAUAUACAUAUGUAUUAGCUGCUUCAGGGGUAAAUAUUAUAUUUACAACACUGCUUUAGAAAGACCGCAGCUUCCAAGUUCGAAUACCUGAAACGUUUGUGUCAUUGGGCAAGACCGCUAAGCAGACUUAUGACAUUGGGACUCUUAAUCUUGAGGUAGAUGAUAAAACGAAAAAAGUUACAAUACGUUGAAAAAACACAUGUAUAUACCUUCUAAUUUGUAUAAUUCUAGUUGGCCUACCCUGACGAAUCUUCCCUCGAAUAUGGAAAGAAAAACUAG